UCACUUUGAGUUUGCUGGUCGAUACUUGAUAUUCGCCUUGUAGCACUGUGGCCAACACUGCGACAGAAUCUGGUGAAUUUCUGACCUCUGUUGCAGUAUCGGCAACCUAUGCUGUGGAAGGUGUAGGUUGGGUUGUCGGGGCCGAACUGAAAAUGUUGCGAUUGCCGGUUUCACGGGUUCUUGCCCUGCAGAGGCCACAGACGGCCUCUUGUAUUAGAGGCACUGCUAAUAAAGCUCCAGAAAAAUUGGAAGUUUUUAUAGAUGAUAAACGUGUGCUUGUGGAUCCAGGAACAACUGUCCUGCAGGCAGCAGCUAUGGUUGGUGUAGAAAUACCAAGGUUUUGCUACCAUGAGCGAUUGUCCGUUGCGGGAAACUGCAGAAUGUGCUUGGUAGAAGUGGAGAAAUCCCCAAAGCCAGUGGCGGCCUGUGCUAUGCCAGUGAUGAAAGGCUGGCGAAUCAAGACAAACUCUGAAAUGACCCGCAAGGCUCGAGAGGGUGUCAUGGAAUUCCUGCUGGUGAAUCACCCUCUGGACUGCCCCAUCUGCGACCAGGGUGGUGAAUGUGAUUUGCAAGAUCAGAGCAUGGCGUUUGGAAGUGAUAGGAGUCGAUUUGUCGACAUAAACUUCUCAGGAAAGAGGGCAGUUGAAGACAAGGAUGUUGGUCCUUUAAUUAAGACCAUAAUGACAAGAUGUAUUCACUGUACAAGAUGCAUUCGAUUUGCAUCAGAAGUAGCAGGUGUUGAUGACCUGGGUACCACUGGCCGUGGCAGUGAUAUGCAGGUUGGAACAUAUGUGCAGAAGUUUUUCCUAUCUGAACUUUCUGGAAAUGUGAUUGAUCUAUGCCCAGUGGGUGCUUUAACAUCAAAGCCAUACUCCUUCACUGCUCGACCUUGGGAAACAAGGAAAACUGAAAGUGUUGAUGUUCUGGAUGCUGUGGGAAGCAACAUUGUGGUUACAACACGAACAGGCGAGGUCCUCAGGAUACUUCCACGAGAAAAUGAGGAAAUAAAUGAAGAAUGGCUAUCAGAUAAAUCACGCUUUGCCUGCGAUGGACUUAAACGACAGAGGUUAGUGACCCCCAUGCUGAAAAAUGCAUCUGGUGAGCUGAUAGCAGUUGAAUGGGAAGAUGCUCUCAUAUCAGCAAGCAAGGCAAUUAAAGCAGCAGGCAGCUCUGUGGCUGCCAUUGCUGGUGGGCUGGUAGAUGCAGAGGCCCUUGUUGCGCUGAAAGAUUUGCUGAACAGAUUGGGAUCAGAAGCUUUGUGCACAGAAUACACUUUCCCUCAAGAUGGUUCUGGAACAGAUCUGAGAUCGAAUUAUAUUCUGAACAGCAGGAUAGCAGGGGUUGAGGAAGCAGAUCGUAUCCUGUUGAUUGGUACCAAUCCUAGGUUUGAAGCACCUAUCUUGAAUGCUAGGAUACGAAAGGCAUAUCUACACAAGGAGAGUGAAAUAGCUCUUAUUGGGCCUAAAGUGAAUUUAACAUAUGAGUAUGAGCAUUUAGGUGACAGUGCUGAUGUGUUGAAACAGUUGGUGUCAGGACAGCAUCCUUACAGCAAAGUUUUGUCGUGUUCCAAGAGGCCAAUAAUUAUACUUGGUGCAGAUCAGUUGCAGAGGCCAGAUGGUGCGACCAUACUGGCACUAGCACAACAGCUCGCACGGAAUACAGCUACUACCGUAAAGGCACCAGCUGAUUGGAAGAUUCUGAAUGUACUGCACCGUGUAGCAUCUCAGGUAGCUGCUCUUGACAUUGGAUACAAGGCUGGUGUUGAAGAAAUUCGAAACAAUCCACCGAAAGUCCUGUUCUUGUUAGGUGCAGAUGAAGGCACUAUAUCUCGAUCAGAUUUACCUGCUGACGCAUUUGUAAUUUAUCAAGGCCACCACGGUGAUGUUGGGGCGUCAAUGGCUGAUGCUAUUUUCCCUGGUGCUGCUUACACUGAAAAGCAGGCAUCUUAUGUGAACACAGAAGGCCGAGCUCAGCAGACACUGGUUGCUGUUACUCCACCUGGUCUUGCAAGAGAAGACUGGAAAAUUAUACGAGCUCUGUCUGAGAUAAUUGGCAAAACUCUACCGUAUGAUAAUCUGAAUGAAAUCAGGCAUCGACUGGAGGAGGUUUCACCAAAUCUGGUUCGGUAUGGCAACGUGGAAGAAGCAAACUUCUUUGUCCAAGCUACAGAACUGGCAAAGAAUGUGAAGACCCAGCUAGAUAGCUUACCUCUUGAUGUGAAGCAGAAAGAACUUGAAGAUUUCUUCAUGACUGAUACCAUAAGCAGAGCAUCACCAACUAUGGCGAAAUGUGUCCAGGCUGUCCUCAAACAAAAACAGUCUAAAUAUUAAUUGUGCAACUUUCUUGCUUCAGUGUAGUCUGAUUGAAAACAUUAAAUUAUUUCUUAGUGAUAAAUUAUUUAUGUACAUAUAUUUAUCACACAUUCAUAACAUCUCUAUAGUUUAGACCUGUUUUGAAUGAUUUCCACUAGGUACACUACAAUUAUUGAGAUUAUUGCUUCUCAUAAGUAUGGUCUGCAAUUAAACAGCAAAGUUCAUAAUGUUCAAUCAUGCAACAUUUUUUCAUAAAAUAUUUAUCUGUUUCCAGCAUUGUAGUUGUGUGUGGCUAGUGUUGGGAAUUGAAAUUUGGAUUCACGUUUUGUAAGAUAUGGAGGAUGAGAGUUUAUUUUUGUGUUUUUGUAAAUAAGGUGAUGUAAAGUGUAUUGUCUGUAUUGUCUGUCAAGAUGUGUAGAAAUUAAAUUUAAUGAAUACAUUACAUCUUUUGAUAAA